CCAAUAUUUAUCGUGUGCUAAGAACUAAAUUAAAAUUAUUCAUAGAAACAAAGCGUCUUGGCUUUAAAUGUCACUUUAACUAAUAAAGAAACGCAAAAUUAUGAAUAUUUUGAUUAUGCACUAUUUAUAUUUCGGUAAAAGGCGUAUGGUAAAUUGCAUAAUGUGUUCCACAUAGAAACAUUUUUUUUUGUGAUUAAAAUCCUCUCAUCUUAUCACUGAUUCAAAAAUUGAGAUGUGCUGCAAUGUGAGUCACCAAUACUGUUGCGUCGUUAUAGGAGUGCUGGCCAUUAUUGUAGGGUCCUCCGAUAUAGGAUACCGAGCUCAUCUGCUAGCCACAUAUGGUUUGAAUCGUUGGAUACUGGCAUCUGUGAUAGCGUGGGUACUCAUAAUCAUGGCCGCAGUUGUUCUGAUUGUAGGCGCAAUUAAGAAAAUAACUACUCUUCUGCUGAUUUGGAUAAUAUUCGUACUGCUUGUCGGAAUUGCUCAAAUUUUUAUAAAAAUUGUGUUAUUCACUCCAGCCAAAAACAUUCAUCCAAACGACGCAUACUAUAUUCUUGCAGGCGGCUUUAUAAUACUUCUUAUACUGUUGGUAUUUUGUUCCGCAUACUACCCUUAUGCAUACAAGCGUGAAAUUGAAGAAGAGGAAUACGAAUAAAUUAAAUUUUCAAAAUCAA